CAGAUAGAUAGACAGACAGACAGACAGAUAGACAGAUAGAUUGAUACUUUCACUUUGUGAGCUCGUCGUGUCGCAGCUUCUUCUUCUGUCCAUGUGAAGCUCUGCUCUCAGUGUUUCCUCUACAGACGAAGGUAGAAAGUCUCUGGGAGCUGAUGUGGAUGUGAAUUCAGCAGCAGCUGCCAAGCAGGUUGCUGUGUCUGUGUGAAGGUGUGGGCUCUGCUAUGAAUCAGUGUGAGGACAGAGAGGAGGGAGUCCCUCCCUCUAAAAGCACUCUGUGUGGGGAACAUGACACAAGGACCAAAGCUCAGAGGAUCCAUCAGAGACCAGACUGUCCUGAACCUGAACCCAGCUGUGUGUCCAUGAAGAGUGAUGACUCUAUGGGUCGUCCUAUAAACUUCAAAGAUGGCCGCCACUCUGUUGAUCAAAGAGUGGACCAGGAGAGCUCAGAGGUUCCCAGUGGUCAGUCUGCCCAGCAGCAUCAAACACACCUGGACUCCAUAUUUAUGCUGCUGGAGGACAACAUUGUCACUUUUGUGAAGAACGAGCUGAAGAAGAUCCAGAAGGUUCUGAGUUCAGAUUACCCAGAAUGCUCAGAGAGUCAGAGGCAGGAUGAGGAGGUGUUGGACAGUGAGGAUGAAGAGCAGAGGAGGAUAAGCAGAGAGGCAUUUCUGAAGAUCACAGUGCACUUCCUGAGGAGAAUGAAGCAGGAGGAGCUGGCUGACUGUCUGCAGAGCAGAAGUCAUUCUGGAGUGUGUCAGCGUGAACUUAAAUCCAACCUGAAGAAGAAGUUCCAGUGUGUGUUUGAGGGGAUUGCUAAAGCAGGAAACCCAACCCUUCUGAACCAGAUCUACACAGAGCUCUACAUCACAGAGGGAGGGACUGCAGAGGUCAAUGAUGAACAUGAGGUCAGACAGAUUGAAACAGCAUCCAGAAAACCAGACAGACCAGAAACAACAAUCAGACAAGAAGACAUCUUUAAAGCCUCACCUGGAAGAGAUGAACCAAUCAGAACAGUGAUGACAAAGGGAGUGGCUGGCAUUGGGAAAACAGUCUUAACACAGAAGUUCACUCUGGACUGGGCUGAAGACAAAGCCAACCAGGACAUACAGUUCACAUUUCCAUUCACUUUCAGAGAGCUGAAUGUGCUGAAAGAGAAAAAGUACAGCUUGGUGGAACUUGUUCAUCACUUCUUUACUGAAACCAAAGAAGCAGGAAUCUGCAGGUUUGAAGAGUUCCAGGUUGUGUUCAUCUUUGACGGUCUGGAUGAGUGUCGACUUCCUCUGGACUUCCACAACACUGAGAUCCUGACUGAUGUUACAGAGUCCACCUCAGUGGAUGUGCUGCUGACAAACCUCAUCAGGGGGAAACUGCUUCCCUCUGCUCGCCUCUGGAUAACCACACGACCUGCAGCAGCCAAUCAGAUCCCUCCUGAUUGUGUUGACAUGGUGACAGAGGUCAGAGGGUUCACUGACCCACAGAAGGAGGAGUACUUCAGGAAGAGAUUCAGAGAUGAGGAGCAGGCCAGCAGAAUCAUCUCCCACAUCAAGACAUCACGAAGCGUCCACAUCAUGUGCCACAUCCCAGUCUUCUGCUGGAUCACUGCUACAGUUCUGGAAGAUGUGUUGAAGACCAGAGAGGAAGGAGAGCUGCCCAAGACCCUGACUGAGAUGUACAUCCACUUCCUGGUGGUUCAAUCCAAACUGAAGAACGUCAAGUAUGAUGGAGGAGCUGAGACAGAUCCACACUGGAGUCCAGAGAGCAGGAAGAUGAUUGAGUCUCUGGGAAAACUGGCUUUUAAGCAGCUGCAGAAAGGCAACCUGAUCUUCUAUGAAUCAGACCUGACAGAGUGUGGCAUCAAUAUCAGAGCAGCCUUAGUGUACUCAGGAGUGUUCACACAGAUCUUUAAAGAGGAGAGAGGACUGUACCAGGACAAGGUCUUCUGCUUCAUCCAUCUGAGUGUUCAGGAGUUUCUGGCUGCUCUUCACGUCCAUCUGACAUUCAUCAACUCUGGAAUCAAUCUGCUGGCAGAACAACAAACAACACCCUGGUGGUCUAAAUUAUUUAAGGACAAACAGAAUCUAAAACAUCUCCACCAGAGUGCCGUGGACAAGGCCUUACAGAGUCCAAAUGGACACCUGGACUUGUUCCUCCGCUUCCUCCUGGGCUUUUUACUGCAGACCAAUCAGAAUCUCCUACAAGGUCUGCUGAAACAGACAGGAAGUAGCUCACAGACCAAUCAGGAAACAGUUCAGUACAUCAAGAAGAAGAUCGAAGAGACUCCCUCUGCAGAGAGAAGCAUCAAUCUGUUCCACUGUCUGAAUGAAUUGAAUGAUCGUUCUCUAGUGGAUCAGAUCCAACAGUCACUGGGUUCAGAAAGUCUCUCCACAGAUAAACUGUCUCCUGCUCAGUGGUCAGCUCUGGUCUUCAUCUUACUGUCAUCAGAAAAAGAUCUGGAUGUGUUUGACCUGAAGAAAUACUCUGCUUCGGAGGAGGCUCUUCUGAGGCUGCUGCCAGUGGUCAAAGUCUCCAACAAAGCUCUACUGAGUGACUGUAACCUCUCAGAGAGAAGUUGUGAAGCUCUGUCCUCAGUUCUCAGCUCCCAGUCCUCUAGUCUGAGAGAGCUGGACCUGAGUAACAACAAUCUGCAGAAUUCAGGACUGAAGCUGCUGAAUGUGGGACUGAAGAGUCCACACUGUACACUGGAAACUCUCAGGCUGUCAGGCUGUAUGAUCACAGAGGAAGGCUGUUCUUCUCUGGCCUCAGCUCUGAGCUCCAACCCCUCCCAUCUGAGAGAGCUGGACCUGAGCUACAAUCAUCCAGGAGACUCAGGAGCAAAGCUGUCUGCUGGACUGGAGGAUCCACACUGGAGACUGGACACUCUCAGGGUGGAGCCUGCUGGAGUCCGAUGGUUGAGACCAGGUCUGAGGAAGUAUUCCUGUGAACUCACAGUCGACACAAACACAGUGAACAGAAAGAUCAAACUGUCUGACAACAACAGGGAGAUGAUUCAUGUGAAGGAGGAUCAGUCAUAUCCUGAUCAUCCAGACAGAUUUGACUACUGGCCUCUGCUGCUGUGUAGAACUGUUCUGACUGGUCGCUGUUACUGGGAGGUCGAGUGGAGAGGAUGGGUUUCUAUAUCAGUGAGUUACAGAGGAAUCAGCAGGAAAGGAAACAGUAGAGACUGUGUGUUUGGAUGGACUGAUCAGUCCUGGAGUCUGGACUGCUUUGAUGGUGGUUACUAUGUCUGUCACAAUAACAGAAGAACAUUCAUCUCCUCCUCCUCCUCCUCCUCCUCCUCCUCCUCCUCCUCCUCUGGUAGAGUAGCAGUGUAUGUGGACUGUCCUGCUGGCACUCUGUCCUUCUACACAGUCUCCUCUGACACACUGAUCCACCUCCACACCUUCAACACCACAUUCACUGAACCUCUUUAUCCUGGAUUUGGGUCAUACAGCUCUGGUUCCUCAGUGUCUCUGUGUCCUCUGUAGGAGAGAGAGAGAGAAAUUUUCUCACUGCUGACCAGAUAGUUCAGAUUUUUAUAUUUGAAAAGAGAGACAUAAGAAGGGUCUCUCUUUUGUGUGUAAAAAUAGUUCCAAGGUGUAAAGAGUGGCUUUGAUUUGAACAAACUAAAUUCAUCAUCUUUGGUCAUCGUGGAACAAAUGUACAAACUUUGAUAAGUCAGGUUGAAAUCUAAAGAAAUCAAAGUUUUGGGAUGAUUCUAGAUAAUAAAUGAUGCUGGAAACCACAUCUAAAUGAUGUCAAAGCAAAACUGUCCAAUUGGAUCCCAACACUGUAUAAAAUGAAGGAUUUGUUAAAUCCAGCUUCAUUCUCCACUUUGUAUUGUUCACUCCUACUUCCAUACAUCACUGACUGUGUGCCCAUUUGGGGAAACAAACAAACACAAAUCAGAUUUUUACCUUUGAAAAGAGAGACAUAAGAAGUGUAAACCAAACUACUGAUCAAGAACCGACUCAGCUGUUUAUUUAAUAAAAGGCUGUAAAAUUCAGAGAGUUGGUGGAUUUUCAAACAGCACAGAUCAGGUAUAAAAUCCGAAACUAAUGACGAGCUGAAAGAGUCCAAAAGUUGUUUGAAAUGAGAGAAAGUCCAAAUGAUUUGAGGUUAAUCUGCAAGUUUAAGCACUGAUGUCAGAAAUCCCCUUGUGUUAAAGAGGUGAACUUGUGGAACAGUUGUAGUGAGGAAAUCAAGCAUUCCAUAAACAAUCAUUUCAUCAACAAAUAUAAAAGUGAUCAGACUGACAUGUUAGUAUAGUAGAUAUAGUGUCACAUCAGUCUGGUGUCAAACAGGUCCAAGACUCAAUUAUCUGCAAUUUGUGUAAAAUUGCAAUUCGAGUAAAUUUUCCUUCCAGAGUGUCAGAAAUAUAAACAGGACGUUGAUGUUAAUUGUUGCUUUAGCGAUUUGAAGCUUUCUGUCUCUUUUUCAUGAUGUCAACACAUUUAUUAUUCAACGUGUUGGCUUUUACUGAUUAUUCCUCUGUGGAAGCCAAUUCUAUUAUUAUUAUUAUUAUUGUUAUUUACUUGAUGUUAUUGUUUGCAAAUAACACAUAUUCAUAAAUCACAAACCUUCAUUUUUAGCCUUUUAAUAAACAUUAAAACACCCUUCUACAUUAAGAAUGUGAAAUUUUGUAUUUGUAUUCAAUUUAUCUACUUUAUUUUAUUAUUUCUUUAAUAUUCUUGUCCUCAUGUCGCUGUGAUGUCACUACAGUGUAUGUUCUUUUUCUCAAAUCCUCUGUCUGUCUUUGUUGUUCCUGUUCAAUAAAGUUUUGAAAAAGGGAAAACUGCUGGUGACUCCCAGUGUGCAGUGGUGGACGUAGUAAUCAUAAUUUACUUCAGUAAAAGUAAUAGUACUUCUUCUUCAUGUUCAUCAUACCCUUUAGUCACUACUAUUAGUGCAGUUGUUGCUUCUAUUGUUGCUGUGCACCUGUUCUCUGUCUCUUUCCUUCUGUCGUUACCUUUUCUCUCUCUCUCUCUCUCUCUCUCUCUCUGUCUCUCUCUCUCCCACCCACCUAGAACCGGGUCUGUCAGAGGUUUCUGCCUUUUAUAAGGAAGUUCUUCAUUGCCGCCGUCGCCAAGUGCUUGCUCAUGGUGGUACUGUUGGGUCUCUGUAAAUAAUGUUUUAAAGAGUUCGGUCUAGACCUGCUCUAUUUGGAAA